AUGAACAAGGCCUUAGUUUUCUUAGCUAUUAUUGCUCUCGGCUUCGCCGCCUCAACCCAAUAAGUCAGCGCUCUUGACCCCAGUGAAAAUGCUGCUGAUGCUUUGAUUGACCAACUCAACCAAAUGGAAGGAGCUAUCAGAAAGGAAUAAUAAGCUCACGACGAAUUAGCCCAAGAAUAAGAUGCUGAAUGCGCCCAAGAAUUCUAAUUCAGACAAAACGAAAUCAACGAUGCCCAAAAUGCUUUUGACGCUGCUAACGCUGCUGCCGGAAGAUGCCAAAAUGCUUUGACUGCUUCCCAAGCUGAUUUGGAAAAGGCUAACAACUACGUCUCCAGCAUCUAAUAAAUCCUUGCUGGUUUGGCUUCUUAAAGACUUGCUGAACACAAUGCUUACGAAGAUUUGGUCAACAACCAACUCCAACCUGCCAUCGAUGCCGUCCAAGGUGCUUACCCCAUCUUGAGUGACUUCGCUUCCCAAACUGUUUCCUUCGUCUAAUUCUCCAACCACAUCAACAAGAUGUUCCUCUAGAUGGUCAAGGCUAACAAGGUUAACUCCUUCACUGCUAUCCUCACCGUCUUACUCUCUCAACCUGACUUCUAACACGGAGUUGGCCGUGAUGCUAUUGAUCAACUUUAGGCUUUAUUCGAAUAAUUAGAAUAAGACCUCUAAGCUGCUCUUGACCACGCCACCGAAGUUGAAAACAACGCUGUCUAAGUUUACAACGACACCGUCAAUGAAUACAACGCUGUCUUGGCCACCCUCGAUGCCACCAUCAGCUCUUUGAACGACUACAUUUCCAGCUUAGAAAACUGCGUCUAAAACGAAAACAGUAUUGCCAGCCAAGCCAAUGCUAAGAAGGUUAGAAACUCUGAUGCCCUCGCUUACGCUGUUGAUAUGUGCCAAGCUUUCGACACUGAAUACUAAAACGCCACUGCCGCCAGAAACGACGAAUUGGCUUUACUCCAAAAGUUAGAAAACUUCGUCCACGAAUAAGCUGAUAUCUUCGGUGACUACGGUACUGAUAAUGUUGAUGCUUUCGAUGACUUCAAGCAAUCUUACGAUGCCCAAAGAGACACUCAAAGAGGUAACUUCAUGCAAAUGAAGAUCAAGCAAUUCAAGAUGAACAGCAACUUCAAGAAGGUCGCUAAGUGUGAAAGCUGUUCAAGAAAAUCCUUCGUUCAAAAGAAGCUCGGUUUCUGA